GAAAAUUUCCUUGUUCCUUUGGGGAAAUGGCUGCAAAACCAUAUCAGCUUGUCUAACAGGUUAUUUUACAUGGAGGAGGUACUGUAAUCUGCAUAAACUCUGAAGAUAUUUCUGAGAGCCAACACAGAGGGAAACAUUCAUCAGCAACCUAAAAGAGAGUCUGGAGGUGAAAAACAGUGACUGUUAUAAUGAAGCUGGGUCUGCUGGUUGUGAUGACCAUGGUGGUUCUGGUUCCCAGCAUGUCUGAAGGCCGGAUCGUCUCCAAAUGUGAGCUGAAAGAAAAGCUAUGGAAGUCGAACAUCCUGCCCAAAUGUUUCCCAAACCAGCACAAGGAACACAUUCUGGCAAUAGUGAUCUGUGAAUUGAAUAGGAGGUACCAUCUAAACACCAGCAAGGUAGAAGUGUUUGGUCAACGAGAGACAACCAGUGAAGAAAUGUUCAGUGAAGAAGUGAUCACUGAUGAUUUGCAAGAAACAACCACUGAAGAAAUGUCCAGUGAAGAAGUGAUCACUGAUGAUUUGCAAGAAACAACCACUGGAGAAAUGUUCAGUGAAGAAGUGAUCACUGAUGAUUUGCAAGAAACAACCACUGGAGAAAUGUCCAGUGAAGAAAUGAUCACUGAUGAUUUGCAAGAAACAACCACUGGCGAAAUGUCCAGUGAAGAAAUGAUCACUGAUGAUUUGCAAGAAACAACCACUACGACACCAACAAUGGAAACUACAGAAGCAAUGACCACCAAAACAACAACCACUGAAGAAAUGUCCAGUGAAAAAAAGAUCACUGAUGAUUUGCAAGAAACAACCACUACGACACCAACAAUGGAAACUACAGAAGCAAUGACCACCAAAACAACAACCACUGAAGAAAUGUCCAGUGAAGAAAUACAAGAAACAACCAGUCAACCCAUCCAAACAACUCUUGAAGCUGGCAAGAAAAGAAGGAAGCGUGAGGCUGGCAAUUGUAAGGAAUACGACUUGACAAUGGACCUGUAUGAGAUGGUAAACACUUUAGAGACCAAUUUUGAUGAGGAACUAAUAAUGAAGGCUGAAAACAGGAUUGACGAAGAGGAUGAUGACAGCAAUGAAGCAUUUGGUGAUAUGUUGGACCCUGAGGAAAGUGGGAAAAGUGAGGAUGGAGGCUUCAGGAUCCACAAAAUGACGAAGCUAUGGUCCCUAGGUAAUUACGGGGUCUUCCAGCUGUCUGAUGGAUAUCACUGCAAUUCUGACUAUCGCUUGUCCGUAAACGAGUGCAAUACAUCCUGCAAUGCCUUUGCUGAUGAUGACAUAACGGAUGACAUUGAUUGCUUUGUGAAGACUGAAUCCUGGAGGCAAUUCUUUUACGACAGCUCCAGUGAGUGUUCUGACCCCAAGGACUACUUCAAGGGCUGUUGAUGAGCAGAACACUUCUUCAUGAUUUUUUCCCCUGGAGGACACCACAUAACUCUCAAACACUGUGGAACAUUUUCCUUUUCUUUAUGAAGGCACUUUGUAGAAGUAUGAUCCUGAAUUUGCACAUACAAUAUUUAAUUUACAGUGAAUUGAAAGAAUCCAAAUAUUUUCAUGAUUUUUUUUCCACUUAGGCCUAUCUGUGAUUAUCUGGUGAUGAAAAGAAAUAAUGAUUUCUGUAUUUUCUGCUAUUUUUAAUCUUUGAAUAAAGGUGUUUUACCAGCCUA